AUGAGCCAACUUGCGGAUAACCAGCCUCGGCGUCUACCCUACACGGGCUCGUGUCACUGCGGCAAUAUUCGCUACGUCGUCUUCCUGACUCUCCCUCCCGCAUCACUUGUCGGAGUUACCAAACCGCCGCCAUCGCGAGGAGUUCAGCGCAUCUACAGAUGCAACUGCACCGUCUGCCACAAGUCCGGGUUUCUGCACGUCCGUCCUGCGUCUGCAUUUGACGAUUUCUUCCUGCUGUCUCCGCUCGACCCACUGGAUACCUUGGGCGAUUAUCUGUGCAACAAGAAGACGCUGCACAAUCUCUUUUGUAAGACAUGCGCGGUGCGGUGUUUCACCAUUCAUGGCGAGGGAGAAGUCGUCGAGGCUAGUCUGCCAAGAGCAAUUGCUUUGCCAGGCACAUCUAGCUCUGAGGAUGCUGUCUCUGUCAACGCUUGGAGACUCAAGCCGGUAGAGUUGACGGAAGGGAUCCCUCAUCAGGGCUCAUAUCUCAGCGUCAAUGGACAAACGAUAGAUCCAGGACAAGAGGGAUUCGAUGUAAGAGAGUGGGCUGAAAGCAAGUCGAUCGGAUACCUUGAUUGCUUCCACAGCCCCGAUCAAAGGAAGCCACCGCGUUGUGAUAGACCCCAGAUAGGUGGCUCAUACUAA